UGGCCGUUAGGACGAGCCUUUUUGUUUUGCUUUUCUUCUGCGGAAGAGUUUUUUUCAUGAAUACGGUGUUUAUGACAGCGUAAACAAGAUGGAAGAAGAGGAGCAUACCGACAGAAAGCAGCUACUCGCCAUGCUUCAUCAAAAGCUUAACAAAAUUAAAAUGAAACUUAACGAAGAUGACACAGACAAUAUAAAUCAAGUCAUUGGUUCAAACUCGCCUGAGUCCUGCUGCUCAUAUUUGAUGGAUCUGGAGAAGAAAGGGGACAUUUACAUGGAUCAUAACCAUCUCACCAGACUCAUGGACUUUUACACCAGAGUAUUCUCCAAUAUGCCACUGGGGAAGCAUGGUCAGAAUGAGAGUUAUGCCAGGAUGUUGGUCAGAUUUGCAGAGCUGAAGGCAAUUCAAGAUGUCAGUGAAGCAGAGGCCAACUUCAAUGUUGCGAGAUCUCACAGCCCAGACUUUGCGUUUGUCCACAUUGCACACGCACAAUUUGAGCAUUCUCAAGGCAACACAAAGAGAAGCAUUCACAUAUUGCAGAAUGCUAUUGAGGUAGGAGCCAAACCGAAGGAGCUGCUAGAGUCUGUCCUGCAGAAAAUGCAAGCAGGGAAAACUCUUAUCUGUUCAGAGGAUAAAGAAAAUGUGCCAUUACUGUCAAACAACAACAUUCAGGAUUCUUUAAAAAGAGGCUCAGGAUCUCAAAAAGUUAGCAGAAUGUCAGAUGGGACAGGCGACUUGCAGCUCUCCAGUAUUUUCAGUGCAGGGCUGGAGCCCCUCGCUGGAUCUUCAGAUGAACAACUACCAGGUUGGAGAUCAGGACCUCAUCGCAUAACAGGAGUUGGCAUGGCAAGGAGAGUCCCUAUAUUACCUUUCUCCAUUCCAGAAAAUGAUGAUGAUGAGAACGUCAAUAUCUACAAACAAAGUGAUGGAGCUAUCCCCACCAGUUUGUCCAGGCAAACAUCUGGUUCAAAUGUUUGCUCAGUAUUUGGACAGUCUUCCUCCAAGAAAAAUGCUGAAGAGCGGCAUAUGGUCAGUUUUCAACCACCAGCUCUCAGUCCAGAACACAGCCAACUGGAUGACCAGGCAUCUGUUGAUUCAACCACUACACUCCUUCAAACACAUGGCACAAGAGACCCCUUGAAAACGGAAGAUUUAACUUUCCGUUUCGAUCAGAUGAUCAGUUCCAAAUCUGCAGAGUCGUGUUGGGCAUAUCUGUUGAACCUGGAGAAAAGAGGCAACCCCCAGACUGACAUCAGCCUCCUCAAUAAGCUCAAGAACUGUUACUCAAAAGUUUUUGCCAGACUGCCAAUCAGGCAGUACAGUAAAAACGAGAGCUACGCAAGAAUACUAGUCAGAUAUGCAGAAUUGAAGGGAUUUGAAGAUCCCGAUGAAGCACGGGACCACUUCAUAGUUGCGAAAUCCAACUGCAAAGGGUUUGCCUUUGUCCAUAUCGCACAUGCUCAGUUUGAGGUGUCCCAAGGCAAUUUGAUGAAAGCUACUUCGAUAUUGCACAAAGCCCAGGCAGUGAAUGCCAGGCCAACUGAGCUCCUGGAGAUGGCCAUGUGUAACCUUAAAUCUGGGGAAAAGCAGCUCAUGCCCUCCAUAGAUGAAGAACCUCUCUCAGGUAGAGGUUCAGUGAAUGUUGACUCAUCAUACUGUCCAAGUAUACCUACCUGUGGGGGAAACCAGGAAGUGCAGCUUCCUAUGCGGAUCCCUGUAACCUGCUCAGUGGAACAACCAAAACCCACCAGCAAGGAGUCUUCAUCAGAGAGGAAGAUCCCAACAACUUUCAUCAGUCGGCAUGUUUCUCCAGAGCUAUUUAAGGAUAAACGGACAACACCUCCUGAUCCCAGACCUGUUGCUCAUCGGUUGGAGUCUUUCCCAACUCCGUCUAUUCAACUUCCAUCCAGAGUUAAUCCACAAACAGUCUGCCAGACACCUAAUGGCCACAGAAACCCAGGUGUAAACAGUUUCAUCACUCCUAUUGUAAAGCAAGCCCCGUCCUCUGCCAUGGCAGCACACAGAGCUGGCCCCAUUCAGCAGACAUUCACUCCUCUAAAUCAUUCAGUCUCCUUCCAGACGCCGCAGCCCUCCUUCAAUGUUUUGUCAAAUGAGUCCAUCACCAUAAAGGGGAAGCAGUUCUUCAUCCUCAAGAUGAUCGGACGCGGUGGAUCGAGCAAGGUCUACCAGGUCCUUGACAACAAAAAGCAGCUGUUUGCUGUGAAGUACGUCAACCUCGAGGAGGCUGAUUCUCACACGAUAGAAAGUUACAAAAAUGAAAUUGAGCAUUUGAACCACUUGCAGCAGUACAGCGACCAGAUUAUAAAGCUCUAUGAUUAUGAAAUAACAAACAGCUACAUCUACAUGUUGAUGGAGUGUGGGAACCUGGAUCUGAACACAUGGCUGCGAAACCGCAAGACGGUGAACCCACUUGAGAGGAAGUUCUACUGGAAGAACAUGCUGGAGGCUGUUCACACCAUCCACAAACACGGUAUUGUCCACAGUGAUUUAAAGCCAGCAAAUUUUGUCAUAGUGAAUGCUUCGCUAAAGUUGAUCGACUUCGGCAUUGCAAACAGAAUCCAACCUGAUGUGACAAGCAUAAUGAAAGAAUCACAGGUGGGAACCCUGAACUAUAUGCCCCCUGAAGCCAUUAAAGACACUUCAUCUCAGUCUGGAAAAGCACGCUCAAAGAUCAGUCCCAAAGGAGACGUGUGGUCCCUGGGAUGCAUCCUGUACUGUAUGACUUAUGGGAAGACUCCAUUCCAGAGCAUCACCAAUCAGAUAGCCAAGCUGCAUGCCAUCAUUGAUCCUACUCAUAAGAUCGAGUUUCCAGACAUUUCGGAGAAGGACUUGCUGGAUGUGUUGGAGAGAUGCUUGGUGCGUAACCCCAGAGAAAGAAUCUCUAUAGCAGAACUGCUGGAACAUCCGUACCUCCAGCUGAAGCCGCAAGCAUCACCUGAGCCAGAACAUACUUCCAACAGUGAUCUCAAGAGGAUCCUAACGGAUCUCGCUGCCCUCCAGUCUCCCAACAGCAUCGUCCGAGCCGCUAACAAUUUGGCCAAAUUGUGCAGCAGUGGCAGGAAGCUGGAUGUUGCAGAGUGUGCAAAGUCAUCCUCGUAACAACUCAGAAAUAUGUGAUGUGGAUGUUUUUUCAUCUUUCUGUUUUCAUUUCACCUUCUCAUAACCACUCGAGUACAGUUUUUUCCUGCACAAUACUGAAACUAACAUUUAAUAUUUCUGUGUUUUAAACAAAAUAUGACAAAUUUAUGUACAUUUACUUUUAGUUUUUUCUUGUGCUUCUGUUUACUUUUUACUUUUUUAUUUUUAGUGAAAAUAACUGUAAGCAUAUACAGUAUAGCACAAUAAAAUAAAUCCUUAAGAGCU